UGUUACUGUGGGUGUAUCUCUGUGUGGACUCUUUAAGAGAAGCAGAAGCAGAUCUGAGCUCAGUUAGGAGUCUUGACAUGAAUCACUGUCCUGACUUGCUGCUGGCUGUAGCUGUGAGGCGUUUCCACAGUUAACUUCUUGAUCCCUUUGUUUAGUGAAAACAUGCACUGUUGCUGAUUUUUAUGAUGAUUUCAUUUUUAUAACUCUUUUAGUGCUUAUAGAGAUGGAUCAGUUUUAUUUUUACUUUCUCAUCCACUGACCCACCUCUAUGAUUGUUUUGCAAACUAAAACAAGGAUGAAAAUUAAUUCCACUCAGGUUUUUUAUUUUACUCUUAGUGCCUACAUUGACACUGGUUCGGUAAAGUACUUCUCUUUUCUCAUCGUCCUGUGUCUAUAUGUCCUGAUCGUUGGCUCUAACGUGCUGCUGAUCGUGGUGAUCUGUGUGAACAGGAGCUUACAUGAACCUAUGUACAUGUUUCUGUGCAGCCUGUUUGUGAAUGAACUGUACGGUAGCACAUCGUUGUUCCCCUUCCUGCUGGUCCAGAUCCUCUCUGAUGUUCACAUUAUUUCUGCUCCACUCUGUUUUCUGCAGAUUUUCUCUGUUUAUACGUAUGGAAGUGUAGAGUUUACCAACUUAGCCGUCAUGUCUUAUGACAGGUAUGUUGCUAUCUGCCAUCCUCUGCAGUAUAACUCAGUGAUGACUUCACGGAAAAUGGUCUUUCUGGUCUCCAUCACAUGGUUACCCCCUGUUUUAACAGUUGGUGGCACCAUUGUUUUAAGUUCUUCUCUGCAGCUCUGUGGGAACCUCAUUAAUAAGAUUUACUGCGACAAUCACUCCAUCAUUAAACUGGCCUGUAAUGAACCCAGAGUCAAUAACAUCUAUGAACUUUUUAUGACUUUUCUCACAGUCUGUGUUCCUGGGUCUGUGAUUCUCUACACCUACAUGAGGAUCCUUAAGGUGUGUUUUUCUGGCUCCAAACAGACCCGGCAGAAAGCUGUCAGUACCUGCACCCCUCACCUUGCUUCAGUUAUCAACUUCUCUUUUGGUGUUUCCUUUGAAAUCUUACAGAGUAGAUUUAACAUGAAUAAUGUUCCCAGCAUGUUAAGAAUAUUUUUAUCACUGUAUUUUCUUACUUGUCAGCCAGUCUUUAACCCGCUUCUGUAUGGCCUAAACAUGUCCAAAAUUCGCAGCCUGUGCAAGAAGCUGUUUCAGAAUUUUUUAUCAUGA